AUGAGUCUGGUUGACUGUGCUACAUGGCCCUCAGCAGAUCAAAGCAACUUGCCAAUCAAUAACCAAGUCUCGGUGCAGACCUACGGAUCCCCACAAUGGUCUCAAGUUCAUGAGCACCCCAUGGUGACUUCGUCGAAAGGCCUUGAAAGGCAUGCACAUUAUCACUGCACCGAAGACGGAUGCAACGAAAUUUUCAUUUCCGAUCAGCAACUGGCGUUGCAUGCCAAGGCGACAAAACAUCGGGCGUUCAAAUGCAGGCUCGAAAACUGCAGCCAAACUUUCUUCGACCCUCGACAUCGGAAGGGACACGAAGCACACUCACACGUUCAAGAGCAUUAUCAAAUCGAGGGCAGCAUCCCCCUUGCUUGUAUUGAGUGUGGGGAAGUGCUAUCCAAUCGUGCGCGGUUACAGGCACAUGCGAAUGAGAAAAGCCACAGUCCUUUCCAAUGCGCCUGUAGGAUGAAGUUUGCGCGUGUCGACGUUUUGCACCGCUACAUCGACUCCUACAGUAGCGAUAUGCUAAAGCACCCUUGCAAAAUCUGUAAGCUUCAUCGUGGCCGGCGUGGGUUCAAGCGCCGAGACCAUCUGGUGCAGCACCUUCGGGGUUACCACAAAUUUGAUGCCGAGGAGGUCAGUAGAAUGCCAUCAUCUCAGGACAACUACAGGCGAGGUUUCAGUGCAAUCGAUAUCAAAUGGCGGAUCUGCCCACAUGUCGGCUGCGAGCAUCAUCGUGGCCCAUCUUUCCAUGAUCUAAACCGUUGGAAAAAGGAAGUCCACGACGAGACACCUCACCCUUGCGACGUCCCGGGCUGUGACAGACGUGGCGCUUCAGGCUAUAUGCGCCAGAAAGAUCUGAUGAAACACCGGGCUGCUAAGCAUCCUGAGCUCGAGCAGCCGUUUGAGGCCGCCCAACCGUCCGAUGGAACGAGUGCGUAG